AUGAUCGUCGUCCUACACAUCGUUGCAUUAUGUUGGUUCACGUUACGAUCGUAUGCCAUCGAAGUCAUACCUGCCUCGUACGCUUGGAGCACGUUUACAGGACCCGUUUCCGGCCAAGUACACGAAGUCAAACCGUGGAGUCCGUCUUCGCCGGCAUCUUCGUACUCAGAAUUCGAAGGUGCAAACGAAGAAAGCAAUCAUUACGGGCCAGAUUAUGUGGCGAAACCCCAUUACUCGUUCGCAUAUGGCGUGGAGAACCCAAACACGGGCGACAGCCACGGUCAUUCUGAAACGCGGGACGGUUCGCAUGUAACCGGCGAGUAUACCGUAAUGGAACCGGAUGGCGUGUUAAGGCGGGUGCUGUACACGGCCGACCCCAAAAACGGUUUCCGAGCGUCUGUCCGGUACGUCCGACCCGACGGCGAAGAGUCGCCCAACCGCGACCAUGGUUACCACAGCGGCCCAGAACGGUUACCAGGGCCGCCUCCGCAUCAGCAGCAGCACUCCGAGUACGAGUCUGAUGGCGGUGGCGGCGGUGGAGAUGACGAUGAACCGCGUCCGUUCGCGUUGCAGCCGCAAUCACUGUCCCUGUCGUCCGAGUACGAGUCGGACGUUGACGGAGAAUCAUUCUCGCCGCAGUUGCCGCGACCACAGCCGCUGUCUUUGAACUUUGGUUUCAACAAGUACAACGACGUCAAUAACAACAACAACAACAACGUCGACGAUGAUGACGGCGGCAACAACGGUGACUACGGCGGCGGCCGCCCGUCGGGGUUCAAGUUCCCGUCGCCGUCCAGUCCGUUCUUCAAGACGCCCGACGCGGUUAAUGGUGCGUCGACGAAAACUAACCCAAUAUUGGUGGACUGA